AUGAAAAACCGACAAAGUCAAUAAAAAAGGAGUUGAAGUCUGCCGAGGAGAAAGAAGAUGCUGAAGCGGAUCCUGAAGAGAACGAUCAAAAAGACGACGUAGAGGAUAAAGAAUUAGAAGAAGAAGAAGAGGAAGAACCGACGACCACCAGGAAAUACAAAAAUAAAAAAGCAUUGAUCAAAAGAAAUCAAAGGCGAUGAACCAGAUAUAACACCUGAAACUACAACUGCGGAAGAAGAAGAAGAGAAAGUUGAAGAGGAAGAAAAAGAAGAAGAAGAUACAGACGACCAAGAAAACGAGUCGAAGGGACCUGGAAAAUCGAAAAAGGUACGUAUAAUCUGUCCACCGAGACAGUUUUCGCCUGUCUGCGUCUCUCUGUUCUCUCACCGGCGAGGUCGGAAAAACAUUGAAAUAGCACGUAAAGAUGAGAGACGUCGAGGAGGGCGCAGAGAAAUCUUUCAAGUAGCGAAAAACAGACUAUAUCCUUCUAGAAUGAAGUUGUAUAGUCUGUGUGCCACGACUUGACAUUUCACCGAACGACGUUCCGCUGUUCGGCUGCGUGCGUUCGCGAAGCGUCUUUCGAAUCUAGGUCACGCUUUCGAUUGAUUGUUAUUGCUGUGGGAGCACAUGAAAGUAGAGUACCUUAAUAAGAAAAAAAUAUAUAUAAAGCGCGACCAAGGUUCGCAAAGCAGCGGCACAGCGGAAUGUCGUUCGGUGAAAUUCCAAGUCGUGGUACAUAGGCUAUAUACCGUAUAUACGAAUUUCAGUGCGCGGGCUUCCCGUGGGACAACGACCGGCUGCCGCGUUCGAUCUCUCCAGAUGUCUACAACCUGACAAUCCAUCCAAACUUGACUUCGGCUCAUCUCCAUGGAAAACUUGAGAUUUACCUCACUGUUCGUACAGAAAAGGGUCAACACUAAAGAAAUCUAUUAAGGCUCUGAAUUCAACGAAAUUCAUCGUUCUCCACGCCGUCGACUUGAAACACAUAUCCUCAGCCCUCAAACAGAACGGAGAACGAGUCGACGCGGACUUUGUUGAGUUUUUCAUAAUUGGAAGAAUAUGAGGUGCUUCAGGUCGAGUGCAAGGAGCUCGAACAGUGGGCGUGGAAGGCCAGAAAAGCCGUGGAGGAGGGCGACCGAAUCGAGCUUACCAUUGAAUACGAGGGGCUGGUGAGUGCAUUCUUGAAAACCUUGAGAAUUUGAAAACGCUUCCAGGUUUCAUCCGACUUGCAAGGUCUUUACAUCAACACACACUCCGACAAAAAUCUGAAGCAGACGUUAGUUUUUGAGUUCAUCCUUUUAAAGGGGGGAGGCUUUAAAAAGACUGCAAAACGAAUCCUUUUUGCCAAGCCUUCCAUGUUUUCUACCUCAAGAAGUAAUGGAAAAGGGAGGGGCAGCAAAAAUGGUGCAUAAAGAGCCGAUAAAAUGCCGCAAAAAGGCAGAAAAAAAGGGAACUUCUGUCACCCUAGAAGACGCAUAUGAAGCCUUUUCCUACCCUUUCCGACUUUGCCUACUCAGGAACUCCAGAGUGGUCCCUAUAGGGGCAACUUUAGGGGCCCUUGGAAUGUCUACUUUACCAACCCCUCUAGUGGCCACUAAAGACUACAAAACUGGCCCCUAUAGGGGUUUUAGUUAGUGGCCCCUAGAGGAGACUACAUAAGCGUCUUUUGAAUGAAAUUGGAAUACCCCUAUAGGGCUCACUUUGAGCUUUAAGAGCUAAGGGGUCAGACCUCAAACCCCUAUAUAGGGACCGCUUUUUUUCGACACCUAUAAGAGUUGUUCCCCCCAAACCCCUAUAAGGACCACUCUGGCGUUCCUAAGUAUAUAGAAAACCCAAAAAUCUUUACUUUCCAGUAGGUCAGCUGUGACUCAAUUCGAGCCGACGUUUGCGCGCAAAAUGUUCCCCUGUUUCGAUGAGCCCAACUUCAAGGCGGAAUUCGAGGUGGCUGUCGUGAGGUUGAUCUCUCCGCGUGUUCCUUUGGUUUGAAGUGACAUUUAGAGACCCCGGUCACGUUGUACGGAGCAAUAUGAACAUCAAAGUUUCUCGUGAAUAUGAAGAAGGGUAGCUAAUUCCUCAUCAAUCACCGUGGAAAUGAGACUUCAGCCUGAUCGUCGACGUCUUCAAGCGUUCCGUCAAGAUGUCAACGUAUUUACUGGCCGUCGCUGUGUUGGAUGGAUUCGACUACGUGAAGAGAACGACGCGCAACACUGCCGAGACAGUCGAGGUGAACUAUUUCUCAAAGGAGAACAUUCCUAGAAGUUUUUUUAAAAAAAUAAUUAGAAAUUUCUUGAUACAAGGUAGAUAUACAUGUAAAAAUAUAACAAGUUUCAAAUUAUUUUUAAGCUUUAUUUCAAUGAUUUUUGUUCAAAAAUCGCUUCGUACCAAAAGACGAUUUUUUUCCAACCUGCACAACUUCCUCGUUUUUUUGAGAAAAAGACGCCUAGAAGUAAAAAAAAACCCUCAAAAUCCUUUAAAAUGGGCCUUUUUUUGGGGCUUUAGGCCCUUAUUUCAACUAGGAAGUUGUGUAGGUUGAGACUUUCAGGAUUGUUCUGGCUUAUUUUUCAAGGAAUUCCCAACCGAAAAGUAAAAUGGCCUUCCUUUUAAGAGUAAUGAAAAUCGCUAUUUGUAAAUCCCAAUGGUCGCGUAUCUAGACGCCUUUCAAAAUAAGACUCGUAAUUAUAUGUUCCCGAAAAACAGGAUUUUUAAAAAUUGAAACUCUUGGAGUCCAUCUACAUCUACAGUUCAAGAAAAAAAGAGCUUAUUUCGAUAUAUUUAUAAAUUUUUUUGAGUUGACAGCUUUCUGCAGGUACGUCUGUACGCUCCAAAAGAUGUCAUAAAAGGCCAAUCAAGUUUCGGUUUGGACACGGCCAUCAGAGCACUGGAAUUCUUCGAGAAAUACUUCAACAUAUCUUACCCGCUGGAGAAAAUUGGUAUUGAAGCGAACAAUUGAGCCAAGUAAUAGAGCUAUUUCAGACCUGCUCGCACUCGACGAUUUCAGCGAAGGAGCGAUGGAAAACUGGGGCCUGGUGACGUUCCGCGAUUCGGCGUUGCUCCACGACGAGCUCAAGUCCAGCGUGCUCGCCAAGGAGCACAUCGCCCUGAUCAUCUGCCACGAGAUCGCUCACCAGGUACACCAGCUUCUUUCCUGUCAAGACUUCAUGAAAACCCUUGAAGUGGUUCGGAAACUUGGUGACGAUGGAUUGGUGGAACGAUGUGUGGCUCAACGAAGGCUUCGCCAACUACAUGGAGUACCGAUGCGUCGACGAGCUCUACCCUCAGUGGAACAUUGUGAGCUCUCAUCCGCGUGGCAAACACCGCUCCAUUUGUUCUUCAACCGUUUCACGUUUAAACAAUGAGCGAAUUUUGUCCGCGAAAUGGGCUAACACCCCUGAGAAGUAUUUGUUGACGAUUUGGCUUCAAGAGUUUUUUCUGCUUCCGUGCAAAGCGAUUGUAUCGAAAGUUCAGCUAGGAGUCUUAAAAUAACUGAAAUAUAAUAGAACCAGAGGAUUUAUUCAUUUUUUUUCUUAUUAGAACCGCGACAAACCUUAACCCUUGGUUUUGAUAUUUUCUCACAAAUUUCUAAAACUAUUCUCACCAGGGAAUGGUCUCAGCUCACAGUGGGACUUCUGAAUUUUUCUCAGACCUGUACUUAAGAAUUCUAGAGUGGUCCCUUGGAACGCCCCUCUAGGGACCACUUUACCGAACCCUAUAGGGCACAGUGUUCCCAAACGAGCGGCAGCUGUGGUCAGUAGGCGUGGCUGACUGCAACAGCGGCACGGUUUAUUGCAAUAGGGGCGCGGGAAUGAGAUUCAAGUUUUGUGGAUUUAGUGGUUGGAAAAAGACCAUUAAAUGAUGUUUUUCCUAGGUUCUCGCGAGUUUUUCGAAGAUUUUUUUAAUGUGUAUAUAAUUAUAACGAACAAAUUUAAAUGAAAAAAAGAGACGAAAAAGUUUUUUUGCAAAACAAAAAUAUCUCCCAAAACAUCGUUUUUUUAGGAAAAACUCGUCAAAUCGAACUUCCAAAGGGAAAAUUGAGAAAAAAAGCUCACAGCACUUCUCUUAAGAAAUACCACUUGAACGUUUUUAAAACAAAAAAACAGAUACAUAAUAGCUUGUACGAAUAGAGUUGUCACCCAAAAUGACAUUUUUCAAGAAUAAAUUCGUCGAAUACUGCCUCGAAAAAAAUUUUUGAGAAAAAAAUCUCACAGCGUUUCUCUUAAGAAAGUCCAUUUUAAAAAAAUUCUAAAACAAAAAAACAAACGAAAUAUCUUAUGCGAAAUAAGUUGUCAUCAAAAAAAUGUCCUUUUAAUGCAAAUUUCUGUGACGAGAACAAUCGAAAAUCACUUCAAAUCUCUGGAAAACGCGGUAAACACGUUUUUAAGAACACAUACAGCGUGAAAAAAUACGAAAGAAUGGUAAAAUACGCAAGAAAAAGAGAAAAAACCGUAUUAAAAGUGAAUGAAAUUUUGUGGGGGUGACACGCGCCGCACCGCGUUGCGUUAGAAAAAACUCGCGUUUUCGCCCCAUUGCGACGACCUUUUUUUUCGCUUGCCGCCGUCUCUUUUGGAACACUGUGAGGGACGACUAAGGCGUGCAAAAGUGGUCCUUAGGGGUUCUCGUUAAUGUCCUCUGUAGAAGACAUGCUAAUUUAUAAUUCUAUCUAUGCGAAGAAGGCAAAAAGUGAAAAAAAUAAGCAUUUUUUAAUGAAGUUAAGAGGCCCCUAUAGGGACUACUUAAGCUUGAGGGGCCGUUAUUUUUCCUAACCCCUAUAGGGAUCACUUCAAUUACUAAGAUAUGGCAACUUUUGAGAACAGACUAGGUAUAAACGUGAAAAUCUAUUUAGGUAUUCCAGAGCGCUCCCUGGGUUAGGGAGAAAACAGCACCUAUGGGGGCGAAAAAGUGGUCCCUAUAGGGGUAAAUUCAAGGACCACUUUUGCAAGCUUUAGUGGUCCCAAUAGGGAUGUAAAUUGGUCCCUAGAGUGGACCCUCACAUGACCCCUAUAGGGAUAUCUUAAGAAAACAAGGUCUCAUUGAAAACUACCACUGUGAGCUGAGACCAUUCCCGGGUUAGUCGCAAAAAAAAUUUUGCCUUAAAAAAUAAUUUCUUUGAAAGUUCAUGAUAAAUAACUAUAACUAAAAUCGACAGAUCUCUGACUUUUUGUUCAAGUUUUAUUAACCAAAUCAGGUGUUCUCAAUAAAAGAAGAAGAAAGAAUUGCAGAUGACGCGGUUCUACGCUGAGAACGUGGUGUUCAGCCAGGAGACGGACGGACUUUCGAGCUCGCGGGCUAUCGAAUCGAGCGACGAGAGCAACCUUCUGAACCUGUUCGACGCCAUCAGCUACCACAAGGCUUGUAGAUUCGCCAACUUCGGGCUCAAGGAGGUUUUAAGGCGGCCGCCAUCAUCCACAUGAUCGCCGAGCUGGCCGGCCAGAGGAACUUCCAGAGAGCCCUCAUCGAAUAUCUCAACAAGUACAAGUACGGCAACGCCCGUGGGUCUCAGCUCUGGAACAUAGUAGAAAAAGUUAGAAUCGAUCUAAAUUGCGGAAAAAAAGUCUUUUGCCUAGCACGCCAAACUUGCUCACAGUGGAGUCUCGAUCCAGACGCUUUCCAAAGCCUACAUUUCCCAGGUUUUUGAAACAAACGUUGAAGAAUCGACUGAAAAAUUUUAGAUGGGUUACCCGGUGAUUCAUGUCGGUCUUGACGGUAAUGAUAAAGCCGUCGUUCACAACCAGGUUAGUAGGAAGAAUUGGCACAAUCGAUCAAAGUUUUCUCAGACACGGUUGUUGUUCACGGAGUCUACAGACAAAAAUGAUGAGUCGUGGCCUAUUCCCAUCCAUUACAGGUUUUUUUUUCAGAGCUUCUGAGAAAGUAAAUUUUUCCAGACGAGAAAGGGGAGGGAGGCAGAGAAGGAGGCGGGACGCGUAGCGUGCGCGUACGCGGUUCUUGCCACGAUUUCAAAAAUUCAAACUGAUCUUUUCCAUAUAAGCAUUAAAAUAGUAGACUAGAUACAAAAAGAGCGUGACCGAGCUUUUUAAACAGUCGGUGGCGCUUGAAUUGAACUCGUGCCAAGAACCGCGUACGCACACGCUACGCGUCCCGCGCACUUCUCUGCCUCCAUCGCCUUUCAAGUCGGGAUGGAUCGACUAUAAGAGAUAAAGAUUUUUUCAGGACAAGUUCCGACGAUGAGAUCAAAUUGCACUGGCUGAGACACAACGACAAAGACGGUGAGAGCUCGGAAAUUAUCCAAUCCAUCGCCAAUUUAGUGACAUGGGAGCUCCCAGCUCCGUCCAGUUGGCUCAUCGCGAACACUGGCGGCGUCGGUUACUUCAAAGUGCGCUACGAGGACGAAAUCUACGAAGCGCUUACACGCCAGUUGCAAGAUAAUCAUAGCGUAAGUGAUCCAUAAAAACUUAUCGGAAGCAUUUUUUUAAACUCAAGGCCAUCUCCUCGAUCGACAGAUCCAUGAUUCUGGUCGAUGCCUUUGACCUUGCGAGGACAGAACAACUAAAUAUUCAAGUCUAUUUGGACCUGGUUGAGUAUGCGCAGAGUGAGUUGUUUUAUUCUCAUUAUCUCAGACCUUGGUAACGCGAAUCGGACGUUUCGGGGCAUUUCUAGUGACCACUUCAGUAGCCUCAGCACUCUUAAGUGAUUCCUAGAAUCGCCCAGAAACGUCCGUUGCGCGUUACCAAUGUCCGAGAUUGCUUGAUUCGAUUUCAUUCAAAAAGACUUUUCAGAAGAAGAAGACAGAAUGGCGUGGAUGCUUAUCAACAAACAACUUCGAACCAUCGAGAGCUUGAUUGAAGAAACAGAGUUUGUUAAUCUGUUCAAGGUGAUAAACUAGUGCUGUUGACAAAGAAAUAUGAAUCGUUCUCAGGAUUUUGAGCGGACGUUGGUUCUGGGAAUCUAUGAAAGAUCAGGAUGGAAGGACACGAAGAAGAAUCCGGCGGACAAGGGCCUCCAGGUGUGUUCGUAAGAUGAUAAUUUGAUGACCACUAACGUCUACAUGAAGUUUCAAAGUCACACUGGCACAAUUUGAAGAUGGAAGUUCUGCAAAUGGCAUGCAGGCUGCGGUCCAGAGAUUGCAUCAAACAGGCGCUCACUCGUUAUAACAAGUGGAUGAACGACGGCCAGAGGUGCUUCAGAGGAUCGAUUCUCUGAAAAUUUGAUUUCAGGCCGCCAGCAGAAGUGCACGGCAUAGUGCUGGAAGAGGGCGUUCGUCAAGGAGGCCCAUCUGCUUGGGACAAAGCUUGGACCGCCUAUGAAGCGGGAGCUAGUCCGACGGAACGCAACCAACUCCUUGGGGCCUUGGCUGCCACGCAAGACCCUGCUCUCCUUAACAAGUGGGAUUAUUGUUCAUUCUGACCUUCCUAAUCAUUUUUUAGACUUCUGCGCUUCUGUCUUGAUGGAAAAAUUAAACCAAACAUCAUCCCUCGAGUCUUCUCUGCCAUUUCACACAACGAAGCCGGCAGAUCACUUGCCUGGCGCUUCUUUAAAAUGAACUACGACAAAUUCAAGAAAAUGUUAGGAUUUCAAAACGAAUAUUGAACAUCGCAGAGUCGGAAAGGGCCGAAAAAGGCUCCGUAGAAAUUUCCCUUUUAGGGUGAUUAAGGCUCCUUUUUUGCUGCCUUUUUGUGUCAAUUUAUUGGCUAUUAUGCACCAUUUUUGCAGUCUCUCUUUUUCCACCUUUUCUUGAGCCUUUAAAAUCUUAGAAAAAAUAGAUGGCUCAAUAUACUUCGUUUUUCGCGACUUGAAAGGGCAGCCUUUUUUAAGUCUACCCCUUUUAGUGGCCAUUAUCCACUAUUCCGACUUUGCCCGAUAAAUUCAAAAGUCAAAAAAUUCGUAGUGGGAUGAAAGUUCAGAAACCAAACAGGCUUUUUUUUUCAACAAAGAAUAAAAUAUUUCAGCCUCGGAGACCGAUCAACUCUAAUGACGAGCUGUAUAAGAUACUUGGGAGAGCCUCUGAGUACAAGAGAGGACUUGCAAGAACUCAAAGAUUUUCUAAAAGAGAAAGUAAGGAAGGAAGUAUGAAUGGGAAGGGAGAAAGAUUUCAGCUUGGCAGCGGAAAGGAGACUAAGCUCGACCAGGUGUUCGAGCAGGUUGAACUCAACAUCCAAUGGCGGCGGCUCAACGAAGAGGCGCUUCAGGAGUGGCUCAAAAGCUGGGACGACCGACGACGGCAGCUCAACCGCCGACGGAGGCGCGUCCACACUCGUGCUCACCGCAAUUGA